UACAUUUUCAUUUUGUUGUUUUGCCAGCUGAAUACUAAUUCAACAUAUAUUUAUCAGAUGUCCACACCAUUACCUGUGCUUUUAUUCCACGGGGCUUGGCGCCGUAAUGAUGAUGGGUAUUGGAUUUUCCAGAGGAAGCCAAGUGACCUUGGCUAUAGGGUGUUAAUCAAACCGACAGAGACGUUUGAAGGUUUAGAGACUAUCAUCCGUGACCGUUAUAAUUUGAAACCUGAGACUCCCUUGUCACUGGCUUAUCACCGACCUGAGUGGCUUCUCGAACCUGAGGGAACUCGAACACCGCCCACACCGAUCACUAAAACUUCGGAAUGCAGAACUGAUGCUCUGCGUAUCAUCGGGUCGUGAAGAUGUUGCAUAUUACCAGUUUCUGAGCGAAACAACUUUCUCCGUUGGAGGUGCAACAUUUGUGUUCAGAGGUCUAACUGAACGAGAAAUUAUUUCAAGCAAGGAGGUUCUCGAAGAGAUUUUUAACGAGCAGGAGCUUGUAGGAAUCUACAGAGCCCAUCUUGGAAUCGAAAAGGCUAAACAUGAUCGCCGUGGAAAUGGUGCAUCUGGCAGUGGUUCCGCUGCUCCAGUUGCAAAUGAAGAUUUCUCUUGCUGGGAGCGUGUAUAUAUAGCGAGAAGGUGAGAUGAAGGUGGAGUUACUUACACAAAAUCCAGCUCAGACGCAAGUUGAAACUGCACCGGCUACCUAGUACUAGGCCUUAUCAUUCGGCCAUAGGUAUGGAAAAAUAUCUCUGACAGUUUCCAAUUAUUUAUUAAUAAACAACAUAAUCGACUUCUUUAUACCGUGGUUUGUUUUACUAAAUCGGUUUACCCAUAAAUUAUGUGUGAUAAAAGUUAUUCAACUGAUCCAAGUAAACCGUGUACUUAUUUAUCAAUUUCAUUGUAACGUUGUUCUUUUUUCAUCCUCUUAUUUAUACAAUCUUUAGAUAAAAUUGUGGACUUUUUUGAAACACGUGUUCAAUUUAUCUUUUCUAUGCAAUGCAACUAACUAAACAUUAGUAAAUAUGUAUAUGUUUCGAGUAGACUAUACCGGUCGGGUUCAAUGUCGUGUUGUUUUACUUUUUCAUAAUCUUUGUUUGUGUCCAAUGCUAUAAACGUUGCUCCUUGUUGCCACUUUUAUCUGGCGACUUGCAUAACUAUGUCCUCGAACGAAGAAAUAGACCCUUUUCCAGAUAUAACGACCCGGUUGGAACGCUACCUCGUACUCCCUCAAUAGCUCCCAUGGUUGCCUUUCAUAAUUAAAUUGAAGUUGCCAUUCAAUCAAAAAUGAUUCGUUCCAAUCAGGAGUCCGUCAAUAUGUCGUUCUUUUUAGUGAGGGGGGGGGAGCAGAGUUUAAAUACGCUCCCUUUGGUUUAUAUUGUGACCAAAUGUCUAUUUUACAAAGUCUCGGAUUUUAAUUCUAAUAUGGCGAUUCUUGAGGGUUACAUCUAUAAAUAUGAAACAAUAAUAUCAUUAGGGUUGUUGCAUUGUAUGUCAAAUCCGCGGGAAAUGGUAUGUUCGAAAAUGUGCAUAAACGUGUGAAUAAUGUGAGACAAAAUGUCGUUUUCAUUAUAUCUCCCUGACAAGUGAAUCUAAAAACUGGAUAUGCCUACUCUAGCACUGCAGGCUAUAGACAGCACAAACGAAGUUCCCCGGGUCAGUAAGGUCAUUUCGCCUCUGUUUCUCUCUCCACCUAGGUAAAUAAAAUUUCCGUUGCAUGAUAUACUAAUUAACUUCUGUUUUCUGUAUUUCUAGCCAAUUUGGCCUAUUUUUACUUGUUUUUUAAUCUGUGUAAAAAUCAUUUUUUAAUCUGAAUUUACAAACUUAAUUUUUUUUGUCAACUAUAAUUUUAUUAAUUUUUUUUGUCAACUAUAAUUUUAUCAAUGGAAUUAGUGUUUCGGUUUAUCUUUGCUUUGCUUUAAUCAGAAGUGUAACAUAAGUGAAAAUGAGAGUUUGGUUGUGUGAAACACAUGAUCGCCAUGGCUAAGCCAAGUCUGGCUACACGCCUUUUUUUAUUAAGCAUAUGUUUAAUGGACACCACUACUUUUUUUUUGGUGUCCAUUAAACAUAUGCUUAAUAAAAAAACAUGUACCUCUUCACAUAUUUUUAAAAAGUAAUCCGCUCUCAUAUCUCAUUUGGACAAAGCACAACCUUCCAUGACAGACAAGAAAAAGAAACGGGCGUUUUAACACUAAUCCUGGAAAGUGGAAACUAAUAAAGGACUCGUUUCUUCAGACCAAAAGUCAGAGAAAUAGAUAGAUCAUAGAUUCCAGAUUUGCAGUCACACAAACAAAACUAAAGCCAGAAACAAAAACAAAACUCGUCUUCCAAUAGUCUAACGAUAACAACAAUUCUUUCAGGGUAAACCCGAACCAGAUGGUGCUGCUGCGUUGAAACCGCCUGCACCGCGGCCAAAUCCAGGCCUACCACCACCUCCCUG